CAUUGGAGGAACUCUUGGAACUCGCAGAUAAACACUCCAGCAUGCUUCAGACAGCAGGAUGCUAUCAAUGCCUGAGGACACUGGGGGAUAAGGAAAAAGUUGUGGAUGGUUACAUCCAGUGGUACUUUACCUACCGCAACCAUGUUUCCUUCCAGAGGUUCAAGGAUGGCCUGGCUACCCUCAACUUUUUCAACGCUCUGGAACAGCAUCCCUCCAUUUUCCUGCCCUACAUGUGUUACAGUGCGGAAGACCUGACAGCCGAGAGUGUAGAGUCACUGUUCCGUCCACAAUUGAGCCCAACUGGUAGCUCAAAUCGAGGAGGAGAGAGUGCUUGGCUACUGGCUGGACUACUUAAUCGCUGUAAAAGAGGACGGGUCAGGGAUGUCUCUGGAGGACAUUCUAAUGUUUGCAACAGGCCUGAAAGAAAUCCCAGCAGCAAAAUUAAUACCAAAGUCAAAUACACAGCCUAA